GCAGUUGCCUGGGCAUGCUCUUCUAAUACCUCCUUACCGGGUGCACGUGUCUGUAGAGGGGAGCCAAGUUUAAGGGCUCUCUUAACAACGGUUGGGUGGUCCAAAAAUAUUUAGGGACCCCUUAACAUGGAGUCGAUUUGCGCAGCAAUGGCCGAUACACCUCAACGGAGAAAACCGAAAAAAAAGAAGACAAAGAAAAAUGGCUCCAUGGAGUCCCGUGAAAUGGAUCUUAAAUUAAAAACAUGUAAAAAAAGGAAGUCUAGUGAGACACUGAAGGAAGAGGGCGUUGGAGUCACAUCCUCGUAUUUUGACAAGCCUGUCAGCUUCGUUGGACCUUCUGUCAACAUUUCAUCGGACAGCGUACGACACGUCAACCCCAAACGGGCCAAAACGGCUUCAGACGCAGCUGUUGCUUCGCUCCCUGAUACAUGGGAUGUGGACAGUGGCUUUUCAUCAGAAAUUAGCCCUUCUACUAGUGGUCGCAGUUCGCCUUGUGUUGGAAUUAACCCUUCAAUGCUGGUGGCUGUGGAUUGUGAAAUGGUAGGGACCGGACCUGGUGGAAAGUAUAGUGAGUUGGCCCGCUGUAGUUUGAUCAAUUACUAUGGAACGGUAAUUUAUGACAAGUAUAUCCUGCCUCGGCUGCCUGUCACAGACUACAGGACACGGUGGAGUGGUAUUACAAAGAAGCAUUUAAAAGGGGCUUUGUCCUUUGAGGAAGCAAGGAAUGAGAUCCUCCACAUCCUUAAAGGGAAAGUAAUCAUUGGCCAUGCCUUGCAUAAUGACUUCCGGGCCAUGGGUAUCACUGUCCCGCGUCACAUGGUUAGGGACACUUCCUGCAUGAAACUACUGCGGCAGAUGUGCGGUUCUUCUGAGAAAGAAAUGUCCCUGAAAAGGCUGUCCAGUGUGCUUCUGAAAAGGAACAUACAGGUUGGCCAACAAGGUCACUGCUCUAUAGAGGACUCACGCGCUGCGCUGGACCUCUACAAGCUGGUGGAAGAUCAGUGGGAAAAGUCCCUACAGGCCCAUGUCCACAACCUUGAUUUAGCCCCUGAGCCAGCCUCCUCUCUGGAAGAGUACAUGCAGGACGAAUACUGGCCUGACAGUAUAACAGACUGCAACCAAUGAAAGACCAAUAUAGCAUGUACACACAGAAAAAAGCUGAUUGAUCUGUUGUCUCUCCACUGUGUGGACUGAUGGUAGCUCUAUCUAGGUGCACAUUCAAUUUUAAAUGUCAACCCUUUAAAACAUUUAACUGUGAAUGGUAACAACCUUAAUAGAAAUGGUUUUGCACUGCUUUCCUACAAGUGUGUCCUUAGCUAAAUAUGAGAGAAGAUAAAGUUGACAUUAGGCCAUUUUAAAAAUAAUAAUAACAUUUCUGUUCACACUUGAUAUGACUAGAUGGUUUUAGGAAACUAUUGUUUUAAAAUGAUGUAUAUUUGUGUAUACCUCUCUCUAUACCUCUGUCUAUAUGGGUCGUGUUAUCCGGUGGAAUGUGUCGCCGGUGCUUCUCAGUAAUAGUUUGCUAAAGGCUGUACUUGAAAGACACUGAGUUAGAUGUGGUAAUCACAUCAUAUUGGUGGCAGAAUUUGAGCUGUAGUCAAAUUAGACUAAAAAUGCUGCUGAGCAACCCAGUGCACUUUGACCUGUGGGUGACUAUGAUGGCCAAUCAUGUCAUGUUCAUUUUGACUAACCCUGUGGGUGACUGUGAUGACGUUAUAUGUCAUAGUGGACAUUACCAGCACAUGCAACAUGAUGUUGCAUUAACUGAACCUUAAUGAGGAGUUUUUGAAUUUUGGAGGAGUGUUCACUAAUAUGUUGGAUCUGCAAACAAUGCCUGCAUCAUUUAAUAUCAUGUGAUAUACUCUAAAUUAAUACAAAAAUACAAUGUUCUGUUUUUAAACAUUCUUGUUUCGGACAUGCACUUGAUAAAUGUUAAACAUUUUAUUGAUUAAAGGUUGUGGAGUAAAGUUAA